GUCCUUGAUGAAUUGAUUGCACCCUUUUCUCGCCUUCGAAUCUAUGCCAAAAAUCCCUCGGCUUGUACUACGUAGUAUGUGUCAUGCUACUUGCAAUAAUUACAGUAGGAAGGCAUGGCUACUUGACAGGAACACAAGACGAGUCUUAGAUGCGGGGGCACGAAGCCGUGGCCGUGACAUUGCAUGUGCUUUGGGUGCUGGUAUCACGCUUCAAGUUGAAGUCGGCCCCCGCGCAGUGCCCCACGAGUUGAGCACGUUAAACGAUGUGCCGUCGAACCCGAUGGCAAUGACGGCGUGGUAUGACUGCGCGAAACACGCUCACGAUAUCCCCCAUUGGCGGGUCGCACCUUUUUGACCGGCGAGAUUGCUGACACAGGGGUGGACGAGACUGCAUCGUUUUUGCCCACGCCCAAGGACUGGACCACGUCUGGCUGUGUGAAAGCCGCGCAAAACCAAGGCAGCUGCGGAUCGUGCUGGGCCUUCUCUGCGGUGGGGGCGGUCUAAUCGGUCAACGGUAUCAAGACGGGCAAGUUGCUCAAGCUGUUUGAGCAUCUUGGUUACAAUGGGGGCUGGCCCUGGUGUGGCAUCGACUACGCUGUCAGUGGGUUGUGAUUGUCGUCGCCAUAUCCAUACACGUCCGAAAGCACCGGCCAAAUCGGUGCAUACAUGAGCUGCACCAAGCAGACACUGGACAUUGGCACCAGCGGGCGUGUGUCUAGCGACGCCAGUGUGCUCAACAUCCUCCCCGUGUACUGUACGUGCCGGCAAUAUCCUAUGAAAGAACCGCGCUGGGGUGUCGUGAGCGUGUGUCCCCUCGCGCCCAGUCCGACCACGCCGUCAUUGCCGUGGGGAUCGACGCCACCUCGUUCAACGCGCGCAACUCGUGGGGUACUGGGCGGGGGACGACCUCAACUUAAAGCGCAGUACCAGCAACCCUGCAAAAG